CCAGCAGCGUCAUUUCUCCUUCGCGUCCCGCACUUGUUGGAUGUGUCCGUUUGAAAUUCUAUGAUUUCAAGCUUCCCGGCGGUUGUUUUCUCAAUUGGAGUCCCGAGAAUAACACGGCUCUGAGUGGAGGCGAAAGCGUUUUUGCACACUACAUGCGCGUAAAAAAGCGCUCGUCCGGAGUUGUCCUCGUCCUUAUCUGUUUGUUUUCCUCCGGUUCCCGCGCCGUGACUAUGUUCCAUUUUUCAGUGUCCUCCGUUUCUGGCCGUCUUCACAGCCGUACAUUUGACCUCUAGUCUGCUGGUUCCACGGCGGUGGUGUUUAGUUUCCCCGGCAGCUGUGCGCGCUCUGGACUCCGGCUCAUCCUUGGAGAAGUUCCGCCGCAGUCCCAUGCACAGCGUUUCACUGUCUUGCUCUUACUGUGUUAAGGAUGCUGGUGGAUUUUUCAUGGUCAGACUCGACAGGAUUGGCCCAAGAUUGACCAACGGACCAUGUAAUUAGAUCAGAGAGCAGACCUGUCAAACAGUGUGACCCCUGAGAUUUGAACUGAUUUUAACCAUAAAACCUUCAAACACUCUUCUGAUGUGUUAAGCAACUUUGCUGAACGUGAGUAUGUUAAUACCAAUAAUCAUAACCAGAGUUUGAUGGAGAGCUGGUCGGAUGACAGCUGGAACUGUUGUCAUAACCGGAGGAAUACUGGCCACAGUGAUACUACUGUGUAUCAUAGCCGUGCUGUGUUAUUGUAGACUCCAGUACUACUGCUGCAAGAAGAAUGGGUCUGACAGUGGCUCUAUCUCUCAGCAACACUUUGCCUGCAAUGCCUGCAGUGUCUCAGGCCUGGACGGACCGAUCAUCACCCCAUUGUCCCUGUCGCCACCAGUGCCACCCAAAUCCUACAACCCCACUAAAACCACCAGGGGGCGACGCAGCUACUGUCCCAGCUGCUCACCCUACGACUCACCCUUUUACAUCCGCACUACAGAUGAAAUGCGUAACGGUGGCGAGCGCAUCACCUACAUGCCCACACACUAUGACAACCAGGCGCUGUCGAUGCCACUGCCUGCUGUCCGAGGCUCCUUGCUGAGGGAGACCCAGCGAGGACGGCCUCCUGAAUUCUACACCAACACACGAGCCAUCAGCACUGAGGUGUGACACACACACCACCACCACUACCACCCCACACACGCACACGCACAGACACACAAAAAAAAAAUCCCCUCUUCACCUUUACACACACAGAUUCUCCUCUGUUCACUUGCACACACCAGCACCACCACUAACACGGCCACAAAGCAAAUUCAGACACCUAUUCACCUGCGUAAAGGCUAUUUGUGGAGGUUACUUUAUCACAUUUAUUUGGGAUUCAGGGUUUUGAGGGAUUUAACUGAGAAGAAUAAAGUGACCUAAAGCGUCCCCUUUUAGUCCGAGUUCCUUACUUUAUACUCUUAAAUUUUAUGUUUUCAUGCUCACUUAGAAAGUAAUAAUUCUGUUUUUCACAGUAAAUAAAAUAUCUCUUAAUGCCAUUACAUGAAGGGUGUGGUUAUACACUUACACGCUUGUUCACUGUCCACUUUCUCUGUAUCUUUGCUGACUGAGGGCUAUUAUGAAUAAGUUGUGGGAUUUUUUUUUCAUGCUACACGUCAGUAGCAGUGACUGCCAUUCAGUGAUAUAAAAAAAGUAAAUAGCAAGUAUGAAGCAAUUUUAUGAUGAUCAAAAAGCUGAAAUGCAUUCAAAGGAAUAGUCUCCAUCCCCCGAGUAGUCUCGUGGAUCUCUUGAGGCGGCCAGAAAAUGUUGAGGAGGCUGGACGACUGGAGAUUUCUCUAUGCAAGCUGUCUAGCAAACUACUGCAGCUCUUCAUCUCAGCCUUCUCCUUUCAGCAGCUUUCAUAUCAUCAGUGACACUGGGGGAAUAUUGUGAUCGCUGUGCCCACCAGUGAGAUAUUAUGGUGAGGCACAUGUAGAUAGACACACUGUAAGUAUUAAGAAAUGGAUCGUAAAAACCACAAAUCCCAGUGGGCUGACAGCGCUAAGGCUCUAGUUUUCCCCCUCAUGUGGAAACCUGUGAACAAUCAAGGGAUGCCUGAGCCACUGAAUGCAGCAGUGGUACACUUGAAAUGAACUGAAUGAAAUUCUCUUUACUGACAGAGAUGCAAAAAGUUUGAACUGUAAAUAGUAACUAGAAAACAAUGUUCUUAACAGAGAGAGAGAGAGAGAUGCACGCUGGGGUUUGAAAAAGCGAUACAGUACAUAUUAAAGGUGGAAGUUUGAUUUACUGGUUUGUGCUAUUUUGUCUACACACUCUUUCUAUACUCCGGCACUACUCUCAUAACGAUGCGAAUAACUAUGUAAUUUCUUUCCAUGUUUUUUUCCGUAUAUUGUGAGAACGUCUGUGUACACAUCCGUGUUUCACAGUGCUCCUUUUCUACAUGAUGCAUUCCCUGUGUUGCUUGCCAUACCCAAUAAUAUUUGCUGUAAUGUUUGUUUUUAUAUCACUCUGUACAGCAGGAGUCAGUGGGCCAUGGGUGAUGGGGUGAGAAUUUUUGGAGAGUUUUGUGAGGCUUAGUGUUAUCAAGUAUGUAAGAAAAAUCCACUUUUCUAACCUCUUUCCAGCAGUGCAUAGUUAGACUUUAUUACCAGCUUCUUAAUUACUUUAUCGUGAUUAAACCAUUAAAUUGAUUUCAACUGCAGGGCCAGUAUGCUGUGCAUAUAGAAACUUCUCAAGACCACAGAAAAGAAUUGGUUUUCUCUGGAUUAACUAACAUGAGCAAAUACAUAACUAACAGUAUGUGUACAGGAGACUGGCAAAAUAUAAGUUCAUCUCCAAAUGGUGAACUGGUUCAAAGGAAACUGGUGAAAACUGGGUUUCAGUCACUGGAGCAACAUGGAGAUGUUGCUGUCCACAACCACAGUUUUAUUGUCAUUAUUCAGUUAUUUAGACAUUGUAUUACCUGCUAUCUAUUUUACUCUUUACUUAACCAGUAAUCUUUGAAAAUAUAUAAAAAAAAAAGAUUUUUAGAGAUGUGGUUAAAAAGCAAAUAAAUACAA